GUAGAGUAAGAAAUUACGCAGUUUUUAAAACUAGGGUUUUGGCGAAUUGCUUCACCCAGAAGGCCAGAACCAGUAUUCAUUUUUAUUAUCCUUUGAAGUUGUUAUUAUAAAAUUGAAACUUAAGCAUCAUCGUCAUCAUCAUCACCAUGUCAUCCGAAUCGGAAGAGCAGAACUUGAGCAAGAAAGCUGCCAAGAAAGAAGCUGCCAAGCUGGAGAAGAUGCGCCGCCGCCAGGAAGCUGCUUCCUUGGCCUCAUCGGCUUCUGCUCUCUCCGUCGAGGAGGAGGACCCCCAUUCCUGCAACUAUGGCGAUGUUCCUCUCCCCGAGCUCAAAUCCUGCUCCCAACCCGAUGCUGGAAAUUGGAUCCGAGCCAUUGCCUCUAUGGACUGGACUCAAGUUGGAGCCCUUACCCAGGAGCUGAAGGGCAAGGAGGUGCUGAUACGGGGGCGAGCCCAUACAACACGACCGGUGUCGAAGAAUAUGACAUUCUUGGUGGUGAGAGAGAAGGGAUUCACUGUCCAGUGCUUGGUUUCCACGCAAUCAGAGGGAGUGAGUCGUCAGAUGGUGAAAUUUGUAGCUGGACUCAACCGUGAAUCCAUCGUUGAUGUAAUCGGUGUGGUAUCUGUUCCUGAGAAUCCCAUCAAGGGAGCCACACAGCAGAUCGACAUUCUCGUUAGAAAACUGUAUUGUGUGAAUAAAGCCAUGCCCAACUUACCCAUUAAUAUUGAGGAUGCUGCUCGAAGUUAUGUUGAAAUUGAAACUGCUUUGCAAGGUGGAGUUCAACUUCCUCGUGUCAAUCAGGAUACACGUUUGAACUUCAGAGUUCUUGAUAUUCGAACCCCUGCUAAUCAAGGGAUUUUCCGCGUCCAGUGCCAAGUUGGAAUGAUAUUUAGGCAAUUCUUGCUAUCUGAGGAUUUUGUUGAAAUCCACACCCCAAAACUGAUAGCAGGCUCUAGUGAAGGUGGUUCUGCUGUUUUUAAGCUUGACUACAAAGGGCAACCUGCGUGUCUGGCACAGUCUCCUCAACUUCACAAGCAAAUGUCAAUCUGUGGUGAUUUUGGACGGGUUUUUGAGAUUGGCCCGGUUUUUAGAGCUGAGGAUUCCUACACUCAUAGGCAUUUGUGUGAAUUUACAGGUCUUGAUGUUGAAAUGGAGAUCAAGAAGCACUACUCAGAGGUGAUGGACAUUGUGGAUAGAUUAUUUGUUACAAUGUUUGAUAGUUUGAAUGAGAGGUGUCAGAAGGAACUUGAAGCUGUGGGGAGGCAGUAUCCCUUUGAACCUUUGAAGUACAAGCCAAAUACCCUGCGACUUACAUUCGAGGAAGGAGUUCAGAUGCUGAAGGAUGCUGGUGUGGAAGUUGAUCCUCUUGGGGACCUAAAUACAGAAUCUGAGAGAAAAUUGGGCCAGCUAGUUUUGGAGAAGUAUGGCACUGAAUUCUAUAUUCUGCAUCGCUAUCCUUUGGCUGUAAGGCCAUUCUACACCAUGCCUUGCUAUGAUAAUUCCCUUUAUAGUAAUUCAUUUGAUGUCUUUAUCCGAGGUGAGGAGAUAAUUUCAGGAGCACAGCGUGUACAUGUGCCUGAGUUUUUGGCAGAACGUGCACAGGCAUGUGGAAUUGAUGUCAAUACAAUAUCAACGUAUAUUGAUUCUUUCAGAUAUGGUGCGCCUCCACAUGGUGGGUUUGGAGUGGGACUGGAGCGUGUAGUGAUGCUUUUCUGUGGUCUGGGCAACAUUCGUAAAACUUCACUUUUCCCCCGUGACCCCCAAAGAAUUGCCCCGUGAUUACGUGCAAGAGUAGCGGUUCAGCCCAAGGUCCAUUGAGAUUUUCUUCAAGUUUGUUUGCAAGUGCUAUUUGGGUGGAGAAACAAGAGUAACAUUAUUUGUGCUUUAUCUUUGAAUAUUGUUUAGCGUUUGGGCAUGUUAAAACAAUAAAGCUUCUAACUGCAAUGGCUAGUUUUUUCCAGCACUCUACUUUCACAAUUAUGACUUAGUUAUUUUAACCAAUUGUUCACAAUUGCUAAA